CUGAUGGCAACAACUGGUAGAUAACCUUUAAGUCCUCCAGGAGGAAAAGAAGUUCAUUAUGUCUUUUCUGUAGCUACUGAGGAUGAUGGCUCUAAGGCUGUGGAAUUCCGGGGUGAAAAUAAUUAUGCUGCAAGUCUGGGUGAGGAACCUAAGUUAUGCUUUUCCCUGGACAUUAGCAUGCUCAUUAUUUCUAUAUUUGUGCUCUCAAAAACAAGCCAUAAGCCUGUCGAUGAUGUUGCUAUUGCUCUUUGUUUUCCAGUCAACAAAUAUUUAUUGCCUCCUAAUAUAUGUUGUGUCUAAUAUUAGGGGUGGGGCUAACAAGAUGAAUCAGACAUGGUCAUUGCUCUCAAGUUGCUGGCAGCCUAAGUGGCAAUAGAAAUAGAAACCAAUGGUAGCUGUGCAUUGUGCAUUGUUCCGUGACAGAAUGGACCAUAGGGUGCUGUGGGGGCACAGAGAAAAACAACUAACUGGGGAGGUGUGUGGUCAGUAAAAACAUAGGAAAGUAACUUUUGAGCUAAUAUGGUUUGAAUCUUGGUUCUAACACUUCUAUGAGACUGAGGUGAAUUCACUGAAAUUCUCCUCUUACUUAGCUUCAAUGCCCGUUACUGGGUUGUCCUGAGAAUGAAAGGAGACAAUGUCUACAGAGGAGCCAUGGAUAUAUCAGAGAUAGUGCUGCUCAGGGGCUUAAAUUCUCUGGGCCUAGAUUUUACUUGUCUGAGAAAUGGAGCCAAGAGCAAGUAUGUGUCUGGCUACAUUCUUCCGAAUGCUAUGAGGCCCGGGAAAAUAAUGGCUGCUGGGAGGGUUUGAGACAGCCUCCUCUUGUCUAUCCCCUGCCCCAAUAAAGUCAAAGGCCCUCCUCCUAAAUCUUAUCCCAGUAGUGAGCUUCUCAGCGUUCCUUUCUUCCUCUACCUGCGAAAAUCCCCUUGACUCAGCCCAGUGCGAGCACACAGCUCCAGCUACUCCUGGGGCGCAAGCGCCACAGCCAUCUGCGCACUUAGGUGGGCGGCCCGUCGCGCUGGGGGCGGGGCUUCAGCCCCUGCGGUUCCACUCAGCGUUCCGCUGCUUAAAAAGUGGUGAAAAUCCCGCUUGUAAGUAGCCGGAAGCACCAACCGAACUUUUGAGCAGAGGAGAAACACGGUCUCAGCUCUGUGAGCCAGCGUGCGGCUGGAGGAGCAAGAGACCAACUGGAAACCUUCCUCUUGCCACUCAUUUCUUCUAGACAUCCGCCUCCUUCAGCUUCCAGCCAGUUCCCCUUCCCGCCAACGAGAGCUGAGAAGCUCGAAGCCCCGCCCUGCACCCUGCGAAGCCUGAGCAGCUGGCCUUUAAGAUGCGCCUCUAUCACUUGCUGCAGAUCAGAGCAGAAGCCCUCCUGGCAGCUGGCAGCCACGUGAUCAUUCUGGGUGACCUGAACACAGCCCACUGCCCCAUUGACCACUGGGAUGUAGUCAACUUGGAAGGUUUUGAAGAGGACCCAGGGCACAAGUGGAUGGACGGCUUGCUCAGUAGCCUAGGUUGCCAGUCUGGCUCCCAUGUAGGGCCCUUCAUUGAUAGCUACCGUUGCUUCCAACCAAAGCAGAAAGGAGCCUUCACCUGCUGGUCAGUGGUCACCGGUGCCCGCCAUCUCAACUAUGGCUCCCGGAUUGACUAUGUGCUGGGUGACAGGACUCUGGUCAUAGACACCUUCCAGGCCUCCUUUCUGCUGCAGGAGGUGAUGAGUUCUGAUCACUGCCCCGUGGGUGCAGUCUUGAACGUGUCCCCUGUGCCUGCAAAACAGUGCCCACCUCUGUGUACCCGCUUCCUCCCUGAGUUUGCAGGUACCCAACUCAAGAUCCUUCGCUUCCUAGUUCCUCUUGAACAAGAUCCUGUGUUGGAGCAGUCAGCACUGCAGCUCAGCAGUCAAAGCAAGGUGCAGACAUGCCAAAACAAAGGCCGAAUAUGCUCAACGAGGUCUUGGCCCAGUCAGGCUGGCUCCAGCAGAGGUCAGAAAAACUUGAAGAGCUACUUCCAGCCUUCUUCUAGCCGCCCCCAAGCCUCUCCUGACUUGGAGUUGCCUAGCCUGCCAUGCAUAGGUGCCCUCAUUCCCCCAAAGACUUCAGAAGAGGAGACGUUGACCAAAGUGGCAGAGGGGCAGGCCAAGGCUUCAGAGGCCAAAGAUGAGAAGGAGGUACAGACUUCAUUCUGGAAAUCUGUGCUGGGGGGGCCCAUACCCACACCCCUCUGUGGGGACCACAGGGAGCCAUGUGUGAUGCGUACUGUGAAGAAGCCAGGACCCAACCUGGGCCGCCGUUUCUACAUGUGUGCCAGACCCCGGGGUCCACCCACUGACCCCUCCUCCCGCUGCAACUUCUUCCUCUGGAGCAGACCCAACUGAACCACCUGGGGAUGUCUGGCAUGGUCACCCCUGCACAUGAUCUGAGGCCAGCUCCCCUCCUGAGCUGCCAGUGCUGCCUCUAGGCCUCCUUCCCUCCUCUUCCCCCUCUUCCUUUUCCUAUUCCUCCUCUAAGCCUUCUCUUCCUCUUUCUUCCUGCCCCUCCUUGUCAGUGAGCUUCUUGUGCCUUAAUACUGUGACCAAGGCCCCCACCCCACUUUCUACAUUUCUGUCACAAGUACAUGGGAACUAGCUGCCUCAGGAAGUUGUGAUUUUAAACCUUUCUGUUCUUGCUGGGAAAUGUAUUUAUGCAAAAUGUCUGUGUCUUUGUUUCAGGGUACCACAUUGAGUGGAAAUUUUGGAUAUGCUCCCUAAAGUUGAGUCAGAGAAGCUAGCUUAAUACUGGGUUUGCCAGCUGCCUGCAGCCCAGUGAUAUAACUUCUAAGGAGAGGGGAGGAGGGAAAAGCGGUGCUUACCAUAAAGGGCUCUGCUUGGUUGUAGGUGUUUCCUGCACUUCUGAGGUUGCAUCAGCAAGGGAGAUGGGCCAUGUAGCCUUAAACCAGAACUUCCCAACAAGUGUGUGCCAUGGCUGCCACAGUUGGGUUACAGAGUGGAAAGACAAGGGGCCCUCAGCCCUCAGAGUUGCCAGGCAGGGUUGGGAUUGCACAAGUCUCAGGGGAGAUUGCUUCUUAGGCAAGCAAUGUCAUUAAUUUACCCAAGUUUGCCAUACAAAUUUUUCCUGUGUCCUUGUGACCUAAAAUGGUUGGGAGCAUUGCCUUUAACAUGGUGCUUGCCAUGGCCAAGCCUCUUUUCUCACCUUGGGAAAUGGCUGGUGAGUCCUAUUUAAGAUGUUGUGUGAGGGAAAUAGGAUGAUGGAUUGAGGGAGACAUCCAUUCCCUCUUCUGGAAAAUACCUCCUCAAUUUUGGAGAACCAUUUCUUCUCUCCAGACAGUUUGGUUAGGGCUGACUCUUAUCUCCUGGCUUCAGGGGCUAUCUGCGGCCCAAGUGUCCAGGUCUACUAGUGACGAGUCAGUCCCUGGGUUUUCGUUGAAUCAUUGGGGAGGAGUCAAUUCAAACAAGUCUGCCAAGUGUCCUGGCUCAUUGUGCAAGUCAUGUAGUGUUUGAGCAUUUCCUUCCUCUUUCUGGAUCUCAGUUUCUGUGUCAGUAAAAUGGGAUGG